UCGUCUGCCAUUUUGGUUACAAAACAAGGGCAUGAGCAGUGAAGGAGAAUGGCAAGUCUCUGUAGAAUAACGACCUCGCGGAUCAUUGCAGCUGUACCGAGAAUCUCACCACUGCCAGUGACAUGUGUGAGAACGAACACCACAGAAUCUAAACCAGAAAAGACUAAAUAUGGACCUUUGAAGGACGAAGACCGAAUUUUCACAAAUUUGUAUGGCAGACAUGACUGGGGCAUCAAGGGAGCUAUGGGACGGGGAGAUUGGUAUAAAACUAAAGAAAUCAUGGACAAAGGCCAUGAUUGGAUACUGAAAGAGAUUACUACAUCAGGAUUAAGAGGCCGUGGUGGUGCUGGCUUCCCAACUGGAAUGAAAUGGGGUUUCAUGAAUCGCCCCAGCGAUGGAAGACCUAAGUACUUGGUUGUCAAUGCGGAUGAGGGCGAGCCAGGAACCUGUAAAGACAGAGAGAUCAUGCGACACGACCCACACAAACUGGUGGAGGGAUGUCUGAUAGCUGGCAGAGCCAUGAGGGCUCAGGCAGCUUAUAUUUACAUCCGAGGGGAAUUCUAUAAUGAGGCGUCUAAUCUAAAUGUGGCUGUCAAAGAGGCCUACAAAGCCGGUUUCCUGGGUAAGAACGCAUGUGGUUCUGGCUAUGACUUUGAUGUGUUUGUACACCGCGGCGCUGGAGCCUACAUCUGUGGGGAAGAAACUUCCCUAAUUGAAUCUCUGGAAGGAAAGGCUGGUAAGCCACGUUUAAAGCCUCCAUUUCCUGCUGAUGUGGGUGUCUUUGGAUGUCCAACAACUGUAGCUAAUGUGGAAACUGUUGCUGUAGCACCGGCAAUCUGCAGAAGGUCAGGAGAUUGGUUUGCAUCAUUCGGAAGGGAAAGGAACCGUGGCACCAAGCUGUUUAACAUUUCUGGCCAUGUAAACAACCCUACCACUGUGGAGGAGGAAAUGUCUGUACCACUGAGAGAACUCAUUGAACGUCAUGCAGGAGGUGUUAUUGGAGGCUGGGACAACCUCCUAGGUGUUAUUCCUGGAGGUUCCUCUACACCUGUCAUACCCAAAAGUGUGUGUAGCGAUGUUAUGAUGGAUUUUGAUGCCCUCGUACAAGCCCAAACUAGUCUUGGCACAGCUGCCGUUAUUGUGAUGAAUAAGGAUGCUGAUAUUGUGAGGUGUAUCUCGCGUCUUAUUGAGUUCUAUAAACAUGAAAGCUGUGGGCAGUGUACACCUUGUAGGGAAGGAACAGGUUGGAUGACAAAGAUUAUGAGCAGAUUUGAAACAGGAAAUGCAAGACCAGAUGAAAUUGACAUGUUGUAUGAGCUCAGUAAACAGAUUGAGGGACAUACCAUUUGUGCUUUAGGAGAUGGUGCAGCCUGGCCUGUACAGGGACUUAUUCGACAUUUUAGACCAGAACUUGAACGGAGAAUGUCAGAAUUUGCCAAGAAACAAGCAGCCACCGCAUGAUGGAUUUAAAAUCAGUUGAUAAAAACUCUAUUUAUGAUAUUGGUAAAUUAACAACAGCCUUUAAAUGUUACUACAGUGUUUCGGGGAAGAGUAUAACAGUCCCUGUCUGAUAAUUUUCAGAGGAAAUGGUUGCUGUUGUAAUUUCAGGCAUUAUUUACAAACUUGAACUAGGAUAUUGAAGUGGAAUGGACAAAUACAAGUAACACCAGUGUGUAUGGAUUAUGAAUUUGAUGAAGGACAAAUAAUGUAAAUAUGUAUAUUGUGAUUUAGUGUGGGAAGGAGUUUCUUCUACAGAAAGUUGUAAAUGAUAUGAUGUACCAUACUGUGUGAUUAAAAGCUACAUCAAACAU